CGAUGUCGGGGCCCCUGAGCCCGCGGCGCUGAGCCAGCCGGGACGGACAUGCGCGGGAGGGCGCCGUGGGGCAGCCGCCGCUCCCCUGGGGGAAUGAAAGCUACUGGUUGACUUAAAACCCCUGGGUUUCACCAAUCUAGACAUCCCAGAAGAAGGCACAAUGUCAACAGCAGGAGUUGCUGCUCAGGAGAUUAGAGUCCCAUUAAAAACUGGAUUUCUACAUAAUGGCCAGGCCCUGGGGAAUGUGAAGACCUGCUGGGGCAGUCGGAGUGAAUUUGGAAAUAACUUCUUAAAUAUUGAUCCAAUAACUAUGGCCUACAGUCUGAACUCUCCUGCCCAGGAGCACUUCACCUCUAUCGGGCGUGCUUCACAAUCUGUUGCAGUGAAUGGCCACUUCUUUGCAGAACAUGGUCCAUCUCCGAAGUCAAACUUGCCCCCUCUUAUUAUUUCCCCAAGUGAAAGCUUGGGACAUUGUGAAGAGGAUCAAAUUGUGUGUGGCUUUAAGAAACUCUCAAUAAAUGGGGUCUGCCCCACCACACCUCCACUUACACCCAUAAAAAACUGCUCUCCCCUCCUCCCCUGUGCAGCUGUAUGUGAUCGGGGCUCUCGGCCACUCCCACCACUGCCCAUCUCUGAAGACCUCUCUCUGGACGAGGCAGACUGUGAGGUAGAAUUCCUAACCAGCUCAGACACAGACUUCCUUUUAGAAGACUGUGCACUUUCUGGUUUCAAAUACGACAUUCCUGGCAGGCGAAGCUUCCGUGGGUGUGGACAAAUCAACUAUGCAUAUUUUGACACCCCAACUGUUUCUGUAGCAGAUCUCAGUUCCGCGUCUGACCAGAAUGGGGGUGUCCCAGAUCCAAAUCCUCCCCCACCUCAAAACCACCGCAGAUUAAGGAGGUCUCACUCAGGACCAGCGGGGUCCUUUAACAAGCCAGCCAUCCGGAUAUCCAGCUACAUACACCGAGCUUCUCCCAGCUCUGAUGAAGAAAAGCCUGAGGUGCCCCCCAGGAUUCCUAUACCUCCCAGGCCAGCAAAGCCAGACUACAGAAGGUGGUCAGCAGAAGUGACCUCCAGCACCUACAGCGAUGAAGACAGGCCUCCCAAAGUUCCCCCACGAGAACCUCUGUCACGGAGUAAUUCCCGUACCCCAAGUCCUAAGAGCCUUCCAUCUUACCUCAAUGGGGUCAUGCCCCCAACUCAGAGUUUUGCUCCUGACCCCAAAUAUGUCAGCAGCAAAGCUCUACAAAGACAGAACAGUGAGGGAUCUGCCAACAAGGUUCCCUGCAUCCUGCCCAUUAUUGAAAAUGGGAAGAAGGUUAGUUCAACACAUUAUUACCUACUACCUGAGAGACCACCAUACCUAGACAAAUAUGAAAAGUUUUUUAGGGAAGCAGAAGAAACAAGCCCAAGUGCCCCAAUCCAGCCAUUACCUGCUGCCUGUGGUAUGGUUUCUGCUGCAGACAAGCUGGACUCCAGGAUGAAAAUGGAUCUGGGGGGCCACGUGAAGCGCAAACACUUAUCGUACGUGGUUUCUCCCUAGAUGUGGGGGUCAUGGUUCAGCAGAAGUUACAUGGGAGCAGUUGGCUCUCAGUUUUCCAGUUUGAAGUUCACAGAACCAUCUGUCAGAUUGCAAAAUGAAAUUGGUGAACUCUGUCUUAAUAAGAAAAGGUGUGAGCAGUCAUGAGGUGCUGUUAUGCGGAGAAUCCUUGAUUUUCCCUGAUUUUGUCAGCAUAGGAGAAAAAGUCUAUAAUUUAAAGAUGUGAUAGUGGGGAGGGAAGGAUGGGGCAACUUUUACAUAUUGACUACAUUAUAUACCUAUGUAUAAACUUGUGGUAUAACCAUAGACCAUAGCUGCAGAAUAACCAAUUAGUCACUAUCUUAGAGUAAUAUAUAUUCAGAAUAAUGAAAACUCAAGCUGGAGGAAUGGCUCAGGAUAGCCUGAAAAUUGAGCAAAUGGAAGAAAAAAAAAACCAGUAUUUAGAUCAAAACCAUAAUUUUGUUAUGUUUGGUAAGUUUGAAGAUUUUUGGCUUGUAGGCCUGCUAUAUAGUUUGUUUCAUAUAUUUUUUGCAAGCAGUGUCUCCAUCUAGGAAAGGGCCUGUGUUCUUUACUAGGCUUGGACCAUCAUGUCUAAGUCGUCCCAAGGCCUAAUACUUCCAGCUUGUGGAUUUUAUCUUUUUGAGGGGAAAGAUAGCAAUUUCUUCACAGCCAUAUUAUCCCUUGUGCAUGUCUCCCAUUUUGAAAAUUGACAGUAAGAACUGGUGGAUGAUUUUUCCAUGCUUUCUCCCAUCCACAGAGAUGCCCCACUGUUGCAGGGGCUUUGGAGGUGGUAGAAUAUGGAUGGAGUUGUACUUGCCAUCAGCGUUUGGGAUGUGAGUUUUAUAGACUAAUGAAGCAGUUAGCUAUGUGAUUGAGAGUUACUAUGUGGAGAUGUGUGGUGUGUUUUUUGUUGUUUUUCUUUUUUUUUUUUUUUUAGACUAUUAAUAAACAAAUACAGCACAAGCUGGACUUGUGUUGCUGGUUCCCAUUCAGUAUUCCCUGGGGAUUGUUUGCUUUUUAAGUGAAACACUUCUGACCAAUAGCACAAUACGUCUUAAUGCCAGAGGUCACUUCAGCAUCUUCUGCUUUGGAAACUCCCAUGGCUAGCUGCUUCACUGCCUCGAGAUUCAGAGAGACACGAAGCUUGUGUUCAUUUUCUUACAUCCUCUGAUGCAUUUAUCUCAUAUAGAUAAGCACAAAAGAGAAGGUGCUCACUAACAGAGGGACAUUGCUGCGAUGUUCUCUUAAUGGUUAAGCUGUUCAGUUUAAACUGCUGAAUGACACUAUUUGAGCUAUUUAAAGCUUAUUAUAUUUUAGUAUGAACUAAAUGAAGGUUAAAACAUGCUUUAGAAAGUGCACUGAUUUCUGCAUUGUGUACAGUGUUGGACAAAGGACUUGUUCAUUUGUUGCAUUAUUUUGAAUAUUGUCUUUUCAUUUUAAUAAAGUUAUAUUACUUAUUUAUGACACCGUUAA